UUUGUAACUUUGGUUCGAAUGCAAAAUUCACACAUAUAAGUGCAACAUUAUAACAAUAAACGUUGUGAUGCUGCGCUGCAAAGAGGAACCGCUCGGCCACCGCGACGAGAAAAGAUGUUGCUGCAUCUGCUCAAUUUGUGUUGUGCCUGUGCACAUAGUAUGUGACUCCGUGGGACGGAGGCAGCAGAGCCUUCACCUAUGGCCGUCCUGGAGAGAAACAACAAAAUCCUGCUGGAUUUGACACGGCAGCCUUGGAACAGCACGUGUGCCGACUGUGGGGCUCCUGAGCCUGAUUGGGCCUCUUACACACUAGGUGUGUUUUUGUGCGUCAACUGCUCUGGGAUGCAUCGGAACUUGCCCUCCAUCAGCAAAGUCAAGUCCAUACAUCUAGACCACUGGCAGGACUCCCUUGUAGAGGCCAUGCGUCAGAGAGGCAACUCUGUAGCUAAAGCCACCUACGAGAAGUGUGUUCCUGCGUUCAUCUACCGGCCGCAGCCGAGAGACUGUCUGGUUCUUAAGGAUCAAUGGAUCCGUGCUAAGUACGAGAGGAGAGAGUUCACGGGAGAAAAAGCCUACUUUCAACAAUCUUAUGGUGCAGACACCAUUGAGGCGACACUGUGGAAGAAGGGCAAAGACAACAAGCAGUUUUUGAAAAGGAUUUUCUUGCUGUCCCACAAAGACUUCACUCUCAGAUACUUCACCAAAGAGGAUUCUAGAGUCCCUAAAGCUGUGAUCGGCAUGAAGGAGCUGAAUGCGGUUUUCCAGCCCGAGAAGCUCGGACACGCUCACGGCCUGCAAAUCUCCUACUUGCAGGAUGUGCGGACAAGGAACAUCUUCGUUUACCACGAGAAUGGACAAGUCAUUGUUUCCUUUUUCAGUGCUAUUCGAGCAACACGCUUGGCUUACCUCCAGAAGAAGCAUCCCACUCUUCGACAACGAGAGUUAAUACCUCAGAUUACGAGAUCCUGCCUCAAGGAGGGACACAUGGAGAAAACUGGCCCAACGCAGCGGGAGCCAUUCAGGAAGAGGUGGUUCACUCUGUGCUUAAUGAACAGAAAGCUUCUAUACUAUAAAUCCCCACUGGACGCCACCGAGCUUGGCGCCGUCUUUAUCGGCACGGAGAGCCACGGCUACUCUGUGUCGGAGGGCGGCAGGCGCAGCGGCAGAGGAGGCCGCUGGCACCGUGCCGUCACUCUGCAGACUCCCCAGAGGCAGUUCGUGUUCACGUGCGAGCAGGAACAGGAACAGCAGGAGUGGCUGGAGGCCUUCGGGAAAGUCAUCGGUCAGCCGAUGACGGCGGAGGACUACGCAAAUGAAGCCAACUUGAGAAGGCGCAAAUAACCUGAAGAAGUUCUUACACCAACUCGCACCAUCAUUUUAUAUGGACUCAAGUAUUGGGACACCUGGCCUAUAGAAGCCUUGCUACAAAGUUGGAUGCAAAAUGUCUUGGUAAGAAUUGUCAUUUGAGGGUUGGGUGGAACCGACCAAUGGUUUGCAUGGACUCUUCCCUCUAUGUAAAUAGUUGUACAUGUGUGAUUUUUGUAUUAUUAUGAUUAUUAUUGUUGUUGUUGUUGUUGUUGUGUUAGGCUUGUGCUGUAGCAUCAGUGAAAGGUUUGUUGAGAAGAGUGACAUGCCUGUCAUUUCAUUUCUGGCGGCUCGAAUAAAAGCAAUUUAUUUCAAACAAAAUUAUUAAUUAAUUCAUUUUAGAACUGCAAGGCAGAUGUGCUAACUACCAGUCCACCAUUCUGUUUCUUUUUUUUCUUUUUUUUUGGUGACAUACAGUAUUUGUUUCUUUUCAAAAUGAUAUGGGAGGUGCUGAAUGAAUAAUAAAAAAAUCCUUUGCCUGCUU